AUGCAAGUGUUCCUUCUGAGCGGCAGCUCCGUGACAGUGAAUGUGGCACAGGGCCUGGAGGCAGCCAAGAGGCAAGUUGCCAAGGAGCUGGGCAUCCUGCCGGCGGGGGUGCGCAUCCUCUGCGAAGGUGAAGCGCUCACGAAGCUGGAAGAGGGCUGCGGGCCUCUUUUCGCCGUUGCAGACCAAGCCCGCGUGGCCUACGCCGAGGAGUGGGCAAGGCUUGAAGCGAGCCUGGUCGGCCUUCGUCGCGUGCAAGCCACCGAGCCGGUUCUCCGCGCGCGCGUCGCGGAGCUCUCCGAGGAGCUUGGCGUGCGGCGCUAUGAUUUCGAGAAGGAGUCAUGGAAACUUGAGAGGAUGCUGGAACAAGAGACCAUGCCGCUAAGGGAGGAGAAGGCGCUGGUGUCACGCAUGAGCCGCUUGCGGGCUGCCAGCAAGCUUCACGGGAAGAACGAAGAACUGGAAGUGCAGCUCCAUGAGCGGAGACGUGACGCUCGGAAUGCGGUCCAGAUGCGGAAAGAGGAAAAGUUCUUAUCUGGCUUUAACGGCUAUCCGGUUAUUCCGUUGGGCUUUCUUGACUGUAAGCCCCCUUGCAUGCUCCAGGCUCUCACGAAACGGCUGGCGCUGCAAGGGCUCGAUGCCACAGAUCUCAUCGCCGAGUUCGACGAAGCGGCACAGGCAGCGCUCAUUCCGACAAGGAACAAGGACUUCUACACGGAGGAGGAAGCCCGCCUUCUCUUUGGCUGGGACUCAGAGGACUGGGGCUGGUACGCUUGGGAGCGUGAGGUGCUCCUGCGGCAGCUUCGUAACGGCAGCUUGGACGAGCACAUGGAGGCGGACUGUCCUCGCCUUGCCCGCCGGCUGCAUGAAUGUGAGGCGCCGGAAGUGGGAGCAGCGCCGCAGCCGCCCCAAGGAAGCCGCAAGCCCACGGAAGGGCCGUGCUCCAAAACCACCAGCUACUUGGCCUUGAUCCACCACCCCGACAACGUGUGCCUCUACCCGAUCAACGGCCUCCCGUCCGAGUUCCCUUGGGCGGUUUUCUCCGAACUUUUCUUCGUGGUGUUUGACAGUGAAGCUGUGCAGACGCCCCUUUUUCCAUGGCUGAUGCGCGUGGCCUGGUGGGUGCAAUCAGUGCCUGUGCAUAAGCGACGCUACUGCGGAGCCCAGCUGUUAAGCAAGCUCACGGGCCCGGCUCGACUCCUGGCGAUGAGUUGGUCUACGCUGGUGCUGGACUCCAAGGAUGGCGUGAAGGUGAUGCUACAGCGCUUGGCGAGCUCACCGUUGGUUCGGAAGUCGCUGCCGAAUGCUGCGGCAAUCUGCCAGCAGUAUUUCUCCUUCAAGCGGAACCAAGGAGAGACGAUCGGCAACUUCUUGGUGAGGGAGACCUUGGUCCACGAGGAGUUUGUGGAGGCCAUCAUCCGUCUUCAUGAAGAGAAAGAGGGCAUCAGUCAGGAGCAGCGAGACUUUGGUUUGCCCCCGGCGGAGGAAUGGGAUGAUGAGGAGUGGCAAGGCGCUUGGAGCUGGUGGGACCACGACGAGGACUACUUGGACACCGACCGCGUGGGCGAUCGAGGCGACGAUUCAGCUGAAGCCGAAGGUGAAGGAGGCGAAGCCCGUCCACGUGCUGAAGAACGACCUGACGAUCCCCAACCUCCGGGAACACCUGCCCGGGGCACGACGUCUGCAGCCCCUGGCUCGUCGCCGAGUCGCUCGGCCGGUGAGCGAACACCGGGAGGACGUCCUCGUCCCCAACAUGAAACAGAUCAAGUGAAUGCCAGCCCAGUGAAUGAGAUGACGGUGACGGACUCGUUCAUCAUGGGAGUUCUUCGUGGUUGGCGGCUCCUUCAAGCCGCCGGAUUGUCGGCAGAAGAAAAGAGGGACAUCUUGUCGGCGACCAAGAAUUCCUUGGACUACGAGGUGAUCUCCGGUGCAUUGCAGAAUCUGUGGGAUGAUCAGCUUUUGGGCCAUCGCCACCAUGGAAGCUCCGGUCACUUGAAUGCCCACCUUGCUGACCAGACGUCGAUCGAGCCGAACGAGGUCUACUACGAGGAGCUAGACGACUGGUGGUGGAACAACGCAUGGUGGAAUGAGCACUUCUACGCCGGACCUGAUCAUUGGAGUGAAGAUUGGUGGACCGGAGACUCCAACCACUGGGAGCCCGAGGCUCUACCUGUGGUUGCUGCUGAAGAGGAUCCCAAGGUUCAGGAGGCCCAGAAGGCGGAGAAGAUCGCGGAGAGCCUCGCGGUCGAAGCGCAGAGAACUUGGGCAGAUGCUCAGCGGGCCACACAGGCCCUUCGGAAGGAUCGUGGGUUCGGUGGCCCCACGAAGUGCUUCCAGUGUGGAGGCAACCAUAUGGUUCGAGAUUGCCCUGAUCGACGGCAUCCUGGCUAUGGCAUGGGUAAAGGCUAUGGCAAGAAGGGAGCCUACUACCUGCACCCCGAGGACGGCGACCACUGGCAGGAGAACUACUACAUGAACAAGAACGGCAAGCCCAAGGGCAAGGGCAAGAAGGGCAUGUGGUCCGAGGUGCAGGCCAUGUGGAAAGGACGUUCCAAGGGGAAGCCUAGCAAGGGGAAGGAUGGCUAUCGACCCGUCAACGCCUACGUCACCGACAUGUUCGUGGGUGGCCUGGAACUCACUGAGGUCCUGGAGGCGCAGACAUCGGAGGCCACCAAGCCUGAGCCCACACCGCAGAUAGGCAUGCUGGACUGCGGCGCAACUGCGUCGGCGGCUCCUGAUGCUGUUGUGCAGGGCCUGAUCCAGGCGGUGUUGUCUCACGAUCGCAAUGCGAAGAUCGAACUGGACCAAGGAGCGAGAACCUUCUCCAUCUACACGCUUCCCAACCCCUCCGAGUACUACCAGAAUGGGUUUGAGCAGUCGUCCUUGGUUCCCGUGUUGAUUGGCAUGGACUUCUUGGGUUGUAAUGGUGCCGGCAUGAUGAUUGACUUUGCCACCGGGAAUGCUAUGUUCACGUGCGAUUCCCAACCCCAGAUCUUCCCCUUGAAGGCAAAUCACAAAGGGCACUUCACCUUGGACAUCGUUCAGUAUCUAACGGAAGGGAAGAGAUGUGAUGUGGGACAGCCCCAUGUUCUUGUCCGAGCUGGAGCCAAAGCAAGCAAGCCGCUUGAAACUCACACCGUGCUGGAGCUAGGUGUUGUGUGGUUUGACUUAGCUGCUAGUGAGGAAAUCCUUCCCAUCUGCUCCGACAGCAUACUGUUGCCGCCGUCGAACCCUCAACUUCCCCUUCGCGGACUUUUCCUCAUGGCGACCAGCCGCCGCGUGACCGUGGACCCAGAGGUGGAGAGCGUGUUGGUGGCAGCGGCCAAGGCCAAGGCUGCUCAGGCGAAGACCAAGGUCAAGCCCCUAGAUCGCAACCGCGUGAUGAAGAUGGACCCCAGGGAUCCGCGCGCUCAACGCAAGCAGUGGCCGUGCAUGGGACGCCACACCGCAAGUGCCCCCCAGGCGAAUGCCCACGGCGAAUGGGUAGUGUGCUCAACGUGCAAUGUGAGGAUGCUCUACACGCCUCGAGAGGGAUCUCCAGCGCAGCACACCAUGGCGGAGAACCCUGGAAUGAUCAAGCGAAUGUUGGCCGAGCUCCAGCCCUUGAUGGGCGAUUGCAUGCCCACCGCGCAGAUCUGUCGUCACAUGCUGGCCAAGAUCAAUGCAGAGGAGGUGCUACGCAAGGCCAUCAUGGACGUCAAGAACAUGAGCACCGCGACGCCCUCGACAGCGGUGCCAACAUCACCCACGGCAACGUCAUCCGGAUGGGACGCAGUGCAAGUACCGGACGACGACGAGGAGCUGGUGACGGCCUACGAGAACGAGGCCUACGGUCUUCUCCUGACCACCACGAUGAACCUGUUGGUUGGAUUGCAUCAGCAUGAUCGUGACGGAUUGUGGGAGAUCGCUUGUGCUCCCCACAGUUGGCUGAGCAUGGCGGCGGAGGAACAUGGCAUCAAGGCCUACCGCGUGAAUCUGACCAACGGCUACGACCUGUACCAGCCGGAGACCUGGCAACAUCUUCGUGAACUACGACGGAAGCGACGUCCCAAACGGCUGUGGUUCAGUCUUCCUUGCACGAAGUGGUGUGCGUGGACGUCCGUGAACUACAACACCCCGGAGAAGAAGGUGAAGUUGGAAGCCGCGCGCAGAAAGGAACGUCGAUUGCUGUGGGAGACCAAUGCCUUCAUCAAGGAGACGAUUGAAGAAGACCCCGAGGUGAUGAUCUACUUCGAGUGGCCGUGGCCAUGUUAUGGAUGGCGACAAAUGCCCAUGGAGGACCUGGCGCAACACAUGGAAGAGGUGGGAGUGCCGUGGUUGUCAUGCAGAAUCGAUGGCUGCAACUAUGGCCUUCGCAACGAGCAGACGCAGCAGUUCAUCAAGAAGCAGUGGAUGGUCAAGACCACGGACGAGGACUUCCACAAGUACUUCCGCGCCAAGGUGUGUCCUGGAAACCAUGGACAACACUGCCACAUCGAGGGAACAGAAACCUCGAAGACUGCGUACUAUCCAUGGCGGAUGGUGCAGGCCAUUGCGCGACAUUGGCGAGAUCGCACGGCUCCUGUACGACAUGUUCACCUACUCCAAUGCCGUGAUGAACUUUCCCAUCUACCUGAUCGUGAUGACGAUGAGGAGGCGAACUUCAUCCUCCGUGAAUGGGACGAACAGGAGCCACCAACGGAUGUCGCAGAUGAGUACGAGAUGCAGAUGUGUGAGUCGGAACGGAUCAGCUUGGAGGCGCUGGCCCGGGAAGCACGACUUCGAGAACGAUUUGACAAGAACAGCUGCGAAAACAUCGUGAUGGAGGUUGCAGCGAAAGCUGCAGCAGAGACGAGGGCUAAUUCGAGAUGGCCCCAACAGCCUCCUUUCCGUAUUCUUUUGGGAGCUUACUCCCAUGGAGCCUUUUCUGGAGUGACUCGCAGUUCACUCAAAUUCCCAGAACUGAACCGUUUUCUCAAUUCAUAUCUUCGACACUGGCUUCCGGGACUUUCCUGGUCCAGUAUAUCCCUGACCGUGAACGGCAAGACCGGUCCUCAUCGAGACCACCACAACCUCAAGAACUCGACCAACUACAUCCACGGGUUGGGCAAUUUCGACAAGGGAGGAGUUUGGCUUGAGGGACAACCUCCUUGCGGCUAUACCGCCGUCAAGCGACAGUUGCCCAAUGGCUCGAUGGUGACAGGCUUUGUCGUGCCGCUCAACGGUCAGUUUGUGGCCUUUGAUCCAAGCUGCACUCACGCUACCCAAGCGUGGACAGGAUGUCGGAUAUCCAUCACUGCCUUCACCACCCGAUUGCUGCCGAGAAUGUCAACCGAGGACCUGAGCCAGCUCAAGAAGCUUUGCUUUCCGCUGGAGACCACAACAACAGAGCUACCUCGUCAUGUACUCCAAUUUCCCCUCAACGACAAGUGCUUGAUGAUGUGCCCUGCCGCAACGAACAUCAAAGAACCAGAGCAGGGAAGCAAGGAUGAAGAUGACGAAGAAGUUCCGACAGCGGCUCGCGAGCAGUGGCAGGCGCAGAUUGCAAAGUUCCACAAGGCAGCGGGCCAUCCGAUCAAUAGGAACCUGGCGAAGAUCGUGAAGGACGCUGGACAUCCCGAAUGGAAAGUGAAGGCAGCCCUUGAGCACUACUGCCCCUCUUGCGCAAGCCUCAAGGUUGGUGGAACAAGCAGUGGACAGGUACCCCCAGCGUCCACACAUGCGAUGUACGGUGCUUGGGAAGCUGUUGGCGUGGAUUCUGGCGAAUGGAUACCACCUGGUGGCAAGAAGAAAGUGAAGUUUCUCCUCUUCAUGGACCUUGCGACGAAGUUGAGAGUGGUGCAGCCGUUGUUCGUGUACGACUUCCUGGAGAUGAAAGCCGAAUCUGGGGAGGACUUUGUUCGCAGCUUCACGGACAAGUGGCUCGCCAACUUCCCAAAGCCGAAGGUGCUGGUACUGGAUGCCGCCAAGAGCUUCGUGUCUGAAGCGGUGCAUGACUACGCCAGCAAUGUGAACAUACAGCUUUCCUACGUGGCAGAAAAGGAACCAUGGGCGCAUGGCACUUUGGAAGCUGGUGUCCAGGACUUGAAGAUGACUGCGUCGGCCAUUUACUUGGAGGAUCAAGAACAGGCCUUGCAGUUGACGUUGAUCCUCGCUGCCUCGGCAUUGAAUGCAACGGAGUACACCGCUGGAUUCACCUCAUACCAGUGGGCUUUUGGCCGGGAAUACUCCCUGACGGACGAAGACGUUCGGACCUUCGAGACCGCCAACUACCAGGAUGAGUUUGUCAGGCUUGUGCAAGCGCGCCGCAAGGCGGAAGAGAUUGCGAGGAGUUCGAGGGCAAAGCGUGUGCUCUCCAAGCUUGGCAACACAACGGUGAGGCAACCUGUACGACAGUUUGCUCCCAUGGACCUGGUGAAGGUGUGGCGCAAGGUUUGGCCUCAACACCAGUUCAAGGGGCCAAGGGGAGGCUUCAAGAAAUCGGGAAGGCCCCACUGGAUAGGACCUGGCAGAGUGGUGUUCCAUGAAGUACUACCUCACCAAGAUCACUCCGAUGAUCGUCGACAUGUAGUCUGGGUCCUGGUGGGAUCACAAUUGCUGAGGUGCUCAGUGCACUCGGUGAGGCCAGUGACUGAGACGGAGCGCUUCCAGUAUGAGACCUCCGGGGAGGAUCGAUCAUCCACGUGGAGAACGCUGGCUGAUGUUCUACCUCGCCGCGAGUAUCAUGACAUUGUCGACCAGGCUCCACAAGAAGAUGAAGUGGAACUGCCGGAACUACCCAAGGCUCCGGAUUCCAGUACCUUAGUGAUGCCGACGAGAAGGGUCUCUCGAAAAACUACGAUCACGGCUUCUUCAUCCGCAGAAGGGGGUACAACCCCAGCGGCUACGUCAUCUACUACACCAACACGACCCUUGGAAGAGACCGUCAACGACUACGAGGGCUCGGAGCCAAAGAAGCAUAAAGCCGAACUCACAUGGGUGGAAGAGCUCUACACCGCAACCGAGGAGCCCCAAGACACCAUCGACAUCUUCUCGGCCUUCCAGGAAACCGAAGAGUUCAUGAAGAUUGAAUUCGAUCUUGAACCACCGCAGUCGAACCGGCAACGCAGGUUCCUGGAGCGUGAUCCCGUGAUGUACCUAGUGAAGAAGAUGAAGGAUUCAGAGGUGGUGAUGGCUCGAUUGCCUGAAGGGGAGAAGAAGUUGUUCAACCGAGCCAAAACCAAGGAAGUAUCGUCGUUCAUCCAGAAUGAGGCAGUGCGCAAGUGCUUGAACGACGAGGAGGUGCGCCGAGCGGUGGAUUCCAAGAGGAUAGUCAAGGCACGAUGGGUCCUGACAUGGAAGCUGGUGCCACCUGAAGACCAAGAAGAAGCAGUACGCGACAGUCACGAGAACCCACAGUCGGUACAUACCAGUGAUGGGUUGAAGAAGGCCAAGGCCAGGAUUGUGCUUCUUGGAUUUCAACAUCCCAGUUUGCUGGAUCCCACAUUCAAGACUGCGAGCCCUGUGCAGUCCAUGCUGGGAAGGAAUCUCCUGUAUGCUAUGGCAGCAGACUCGCAGUGGGACCUAGAAGGCUUGGACCUGGCGACGGCUUUCCUCCAGACUCAACCCACCGAGGCCGACCAGGAGUUGUGGACGACUGGUGUUCAAGAACUCAGAGAUGCCUUGGGUAUUGGGUCCGAGGGCGUGAUGCGCGUACUUCGGAACAUCUAUGGCAGCACGACGGCGCCGAGGGGGUUAUGGCUGUCAUUGCACAAGAUGUUGGUCAGCCUGGGUGCUCAGCCUGUCCUUGGAGAACGGUGCCUGUGGAUAUGGUUGUCAAAACUACACCGCGAUGGAGAACAUGCCAAGGUGAUCGGCGCCAUGGGCGGACAUGUUGAUGAUUUCCAUCGUAUUGGCGACAACUCCCCUGAAUGGCUGGAGAUUAAGGAGAAGAUCAACAAGGCCUACAAGUGGGGAAUGACCAAAACAGGAUCGUAUCGCCAUGCUGGCACCGACGUCACCACCAAGAAAGACGAGAACGGCUUCAAUAAGAUUGUGGUGGAUCAAGGCUACUACAUCGAAGGCCUCAUGGAUGUGGACAUCGAACCGGAUCGUCUACGUUCCAACGAGGUUCUCUGCAAGAAGGACAUAGAGGCUUGCAGGGCAUCUCUGGGCGCGCUACAAUGGGUGGCCGUGCAAUCGCAACCUCAAGUAUGUGCACGAUGCAAUCUGCUGUUGACCGAUCUGGUGACGCAUGGAACCAUGGAGACCGCGAGGGAGAUUCAGCAGCUGAUCUCCGAGACUCGGAACGAGCCCUUCACCUUGACGUUUCAGAAGUUUCCGAAGGCAAAGCACUGGCGUGAUGUGGUCUUCAUAUCCAUGGGCGACCAGGCUCAUGCGAAUCGGCCAAAGGGAGACUCAACGGGCGGAUUGGUGACCCUCAUCUCCGGCCCAGAGAGCGUCACUGGAUGUGUGUGCCCCAUGUCCCUGAUUGGGUGGCGAACAUGGAAACUGAAGCGGAAGGCCAUCGGGAGCAACGAUGCAGAGGUCCAGUCCAUCUUGGAGGCGGAAGACCACAAUUUCCGAGCAAGGCUCUUGUGGUCUGAACUUCAUGGUGCAGCAGGACCAGAUGCUGAACGUCCCCUGCGGCAAGAUCUCGUGGAAGUCGUGGAGAAGCAGAUCUUGGGCAUCAAGGGCAUCCUGUGCACCGACAGCAAGGGCGGUUACGAUGCGGUGGAGGUGAAUGAGAGCCCAUUGCUGGGACUGUCGAACAUGAGAGCGGCAUUGCAAGCUUUCCAACUUCGUGGAAACCUCCAACGUGCAGCCUGCGAAUUGAGAUGGCUGGCAAGCGACUACGACUUGGCGGACGCCCUCACGAAGAAGCGAGCUGAUUGCCGUGAAGGUUUGCUACAGUUCCUGAGAACAGGGCAUUGGUGUAUAAAGUACGACCCCUCAUUCACGUCUGCUAAGAAGAGCAAACGUGCUGGACGCUCUGCUGUAGGAACAGUGCAAAAGCACUUAGCGGCCCCUCUUGACGAUGCAACCUGUGAUGCUGCUGACCUUUUUUGGGGUUGGUGCAACAGGUUACUCUUGGGUCUAGGAGAGGUGGGUUGGCGAACUAGGUACACCUUCCUGUUCACUUCGGAGAUCUGCCUUCGCGUGCUCGCCACCGGCUUACGAAAGAACUUCUGCACGGACGUUUGGUAUUGGAGCUGCCUGGAUGUCUUCAUCGUCCUCAGUUCGGCUUGGGAGAUUGCCGUGGAAGCUGCCGAGUCGUCGGACCUGGCCUCUGUCGGCGGGGUGUCCAGCCUCAAGGCAUUUCGAAUCAUCCGGUUGACGCGAACCCUGAGAACGGUGCAGUUCGUUCGCAUCUUCCGCUUCGUCGUAGCUUUGCGGACUCUCUUGACAUCGAUUGUGUCCACGCUGAAAGCGCUGGUUUGGGCGUUGCUGCUCCUGGCGCUUAUCAUAUAUGUGUUCGCGGUGAUGUUCAGUCAGGCCGUAAACGACUACCUUUUGGACCCGGAGGCUCCCACACUCCCAGAGCGGGAGCAUGAGGCGUGCGUACUUUACUUUGGAUCCCUUUGGCGGACAAUGACCAGCUUGUUCAUGAGCAUCGCCGGCGGUACAAACUGGGAAGAGCUUCUCUUUCCCCUCGAGCUCAUAUCUCCGGUUUGGACAUUUGCAUUCCUGUUCUAUAUUGCUUUCACCUAUUUUGCUGUGUUGAAUGUAGUUACCGGAUUUUUCUGUCAAGGGGCGAUUGAGAGCGCUCAAAAAGACGACCAGACGCUUGUCCAGGCGAUGUUGGAUAACAAGGAGGCGCACAUGAAGCGCAUCGAGGGCCUGUUUGGCGAAAUCGGCAACUCCGGUGCGGGGAUUACCUAUGCGAACUUCAGUGAGAAGGUGCAAGAGCCUGCCGUGCGUGCAUACUUCGAAUCCCUUGGUUUGGACAUUCGCGAUGACUGGACUUUUUUUAAGCUGCUGGACGAAGACCGGGACGGCAUUGUGGCAGUUGAGGAGUUCUUCCUCGGAUGCCUCCGUUUCCGCGGCGGGGCCACAUCGAUGGACGUGGCGCAUGUAGAGCACGAUCAGAGGUGGCUCAUCUCAACCUACGCCCACUCCCAGUCGGCCCUGGAGGAAGAGCUCAACGCCAUCAAGGACGAAGUGGCCAAGGUCACGGGGCUUCUUCUUCAUCUGCAUCGACACCCGAUGCUAUCAAUCUGA